GAUUGGCAUUAUCGUGGCGCUUGUUCAGUUGAAGGCUGUGCUUGUAUAUUUACUUUAUCCAUUUUUAAAAAUAUUUUUCUACUAAAAUAAUUAAAAUGCCGACAAAAAAUAAAGUUUGCAUCGUUGGGUCUGGAAACUGGGGCUCAGCUAUUGCUAAAAUUGUUGGACAUAAUUGUGCCAAAUUAUCUCAUUUUGAAGAUCAAGUUACUAUGUAUGUAUAUGAGGAAAUGAUAAAUGGAAAAAAAUUAACUGAAAUCAUAAACGAAACUCAUGAAAAUGUGAAAUAUUUGCCAGGUCAUAAACUUCCAACUAACGUGAUUGCUGUACCAGAUGUAGUUGCAGCUGCUCGAGAAGCUGACAUUUUAAUUUUUGUUGUUCCUCAUCAAUUUGUCAGAUCCUUGUGUGCAACUUUAUUAGGAAAGAUAAAACCCACUGCUGUUGCAUUAUCUUUAAUAAAAGGUUUUGAUCAAGCAGAAGGUGGUGGUAUUGACCUCAUAUCUCACAUUAUCACAAGACAUUUAAAGGUGCCAUGUCAUGUUUUAAUGGGUGCAAAUUUAGCUGGCGAAGUUGCAGAUGAAAAAUUCUGUGAAACCACAAUUGGUUGCAGAGAUAAACGUUUAGCACCUUUAUUAAGAGAUUUAAUUCAAACUGAUUAUUUCCGUGUUGUUGUGGUUGAUGAUGAAGAUGCUGUAGAAAUUUGUGGAGCACUAAAGAACAUAGUAGCGUGUGGUGCAGGGUUUGUAGAUGGUAUGAAUCUUGGAGAUAACACCAAGGCAGCAGUUAUUCGUCUUGGUUUAAUGGAAAUGAUUCGUUUUGUUGAUGUUUUCUAUCCAGGAAGUAAACUUUCUACUUUCUUUGAAUCUUGCGGUGUGGCUGAUUUAGUUACUACAUGUUAUGGUGGCAGAAAUCGUAGAGUUUCUGAAGCAUUUGUGAAAACAGGUAAAUCAUUGAAACAAUUAGAAGAUGAAAUGUUAAAUGGUCAAAAAUUGCAAGGACCAAUAACAGCGGAGGAAGUUAAUUUUAUGCUGAGAAAUCGUGGCAUGCAAGACAAAUUUCCUUUGUUUACUGCUGUUCAUAAAAUUUGCACUGGAGAUAUGGAUGUUAAAGAAUUUCUUAAUUGUAUAAGGAGCCACCCGGAACACAUGCUGAAAGGUGCAGCACCGAAAUCUUCUCUUUAAUAUAUAUGUAGCAAUUUAUUGAAACCAGGUCAG